AAUCACAUCUGACAGAAUCGGACUGCUGUUCUAUUUUUAGAAAGUGAAAGCAAACAAGGAGGAAAUCUCGAGCACCUUUGGAUUCUGAAAGAUUUCCGUGUGUUUUAACAUUAAUAUGUGACGCUUUUAUUAUGUUGAACGCGUAAAGGCUCAGAUUCACUUAAAUCAGAAGUCAGUUUUUUCAUUUUAUUUAAUUUCUUUAAACAAAGCAGUCCGAUCGAUGAUGUAUCUCAUGUGAUUUCGGAGAUUCCGGAAGAAUCUCCCUCAGAGUUUGUUUUUAUUGGAGUCUGUAUUUUCACAGGAAUGUUGUGGAUUAUUAUCGUUUUACUGGUGAAUCUCCUCAUAGAGACUUCAGUGUCGUUGACUGUGGUGGUUCCUCCUGAUCCUAUAGUGGCUCAUGUGGGAUCCACAGUGAUUCUUCCCUGCUGGAUCUCUCCUCCUGAGAACGCUGAAGCUCUGGAGAUCCGCUGGUACCGUCAGGAUCACUUCAACAACCCUGUUCUGCUCUAUAAUCAUGGGAAGAUCCAGGACAUCCAGGAAUGUUACAGGAAACGAAGCUCUCUGACUCUGCGAUCAGAUCAGUCUGGUGGACUGAAGGAUGGAGACGUCUCUCUACGACUGAUGAAACUCACUUUUCAGGAUGAAGGUCCAUUUCACUGUUAUGUGAGCGGAGAACAUUUAUAUGACAGUAAAGAGGUGGUUCUCAAAAUCACAGAUUCAUCAGGUCCAUGGAUGACUAUUUCCAUUUCCCUCAUCCUUCUCAUUUGUGUUCUUCUGGGCUUGUUUGGGCUGAUUCUCUGCAAAUACAGAGGGAAACUAAAAGGUCAUGAGGAGAAAACUAUGAAGGAACUGGAAAACAGAGUUGUGGGAGAUGCAAAUAUAGAAGAACUGAGGAAACAUGCAGUUGAGAUCACUAUUGACCGUGAGCAUUUACAUCCAGAUCUGACGGUUAUUAAAGACUGUAAGAUCUUGAGGGACAGUGAUAAAUAUGAACACACUGGAGAGGGAUUUCCAUAUGAAUUAUGUGCUUUUGGAGCCCAAAGAUUCACCUCUGGUCGUCACUAUUGGGAAGUAGAUCUGGCAGUUCCACCUAAUCCUCCCAAAAACUUCUGGAUAAUUGGUGUGGUGAAACAUGGAAACUUUAUUACAAAAGACAGUUCUGCUUUAACUCCAUCAAGGGGUUUCUGGUUCUUGUGUUCAGACGGUCCUCGUGGCUUUUACACCAACACUGAUCCACCAGUUAAACUCUCUCUGACACCGAGACCUGAACGACUGGGAGUUCUGUUAGAUUAUGAUCACGGUCAGCUGUCAUUUUACAACGUCACAGAGAGAAAACAUCUCCUGACCAUCAGCAGCAGAUUCUCUGGAUCAGUCGCUCCUCUCUUCAGUCCUGGAGCAGGUGAUGAGAGCGCUCUUAAAAUCCUGGAUCUUCCAAAACCUGCAGAACCAGCUGAACCCAGUCCUUUACUGAGUAACAACAGCUCAGACGCCUGACUGACUAAUGCAGUUUAAUCAGAAACAAACACCUACACAGAAACCAUUCUCUCUAAUGACCUGAUCAUAUCAUCGUUACACAUCAGAGUCGAACAAACACUA